AUGAGAGAUUAUUAUUUAUUAUUUAUUUCUAGUCAGAAAGCAAAUGGAAAUAUUUCCUCCAUUAAAUGUCGAAUAUCUAAUACACAUUUAUUUGGUUUAUUAUUUGAUUUAUUAUUUGGUUUACUAAAAUUAAUGAAAACAAUUCUAUAUCCACAAACAUUUGAUCAAAACCCACAAAAACAAAAUCAAAUUGAUAUUAUUUUGUUAUGUGCAUUAUUAGAUUUAACAAAUUAUACAGAAGAAUUUAUACAUAUUUUAUUUGAAAUAAUUGAAGCAUCAGCAAAUAUGAAAACUCAUAAUAUUGAAUCAAAUGGUUCACUAGAAGAGUGA